CCACCCGGGGAGACUAUUUGGAUAGGAGUGGUUCCAGAGACCCUCGCUGACCAGAUUAGAGAAGAGGACAAGAGCCCCCCUCCAUCCUCCCCACCUCCCUUGUUCUCUGUCAUCCCUGGGGGCUUCAUCAAACAGCUGGUUCGAGAGACAGAGAAAGAGUCCAAAGAAGCCAGGCGAAGGAAAGAGGCAGCGCUCGCCUCCCCGGAAGCAGAGACCCCAGAAGUUCCCACUAACCAAACCAACAAGACCAACAAUGCCCCCAAGCCUGGAAGCCAGACUUCCCAGGACAGCCCAUGCACCACUCAGAAGAGCCCAGACAUUCCAGCAAGGGCUGGUGACAAGGACUCCAUGCCUGUGACCAGCAUUAGUGGGGAGACGCAGCGGGCGUCAGGCCCCACAGGAACACCUGCCAAAAGGACACUGCCCUUCAAGAGGGGCGUGAGGAGGGGUGAUGUGUUGCUGAUGGUGGCCAAGCUGGAUCCAGAGUUGCCCAAGCCAGAGCAGAAGAUCCAACCUCAUGACACCCCCACAGACAAGACCCCAGCCCCAGCCAAAGACACUGGAGGGCCAAAGAAAGGGGCAACCACGGGGACUCCCUGUGGCUCCCAGGCCCUUGUGCCCGAGAAAACAAAGACUGGGGUUGUUGGUGACACAGGCCAGGGCACAAAAGGUGGGAAGUGUCAGGGUACAGAUGGGAAGGGGAGCCAGGACCCCCAGACCAACAGGCAAAAAGAAGAUGAGUCCCAGAGCACAGAGGAGCAAGGGACCAGGGCCCAGACCCAGGGGUCAGGAAACAAGGGACAACUGGGAACAGCAGAGAAAGGAGGGGAUUCCCCAAAGAAGAUGGAAAGGGGGAAUGGGCCCAAGGAGGCAGGGGCUGAAGUGAGACCCAUUGAGCCUCCAGUCCCCAUAAGGAAGUGGGGAGGCUCCCGGGGCCAAAGGAGCAAGGGGGAUGGUCCUCAGAGCAAGAAUAGAGAAAGUGAAUCACGAGGGAGUAGGGAUGAGAAGAUGGGAGCCCUGCCAAGCCCAGCAGGAGACAGGAGCUGUGUGCAGCCAGCAGAGCCUGGGAGGCAGCAGCAGGAGGCUCCAGGGAAGGUGGAAAAGGCAGGGAGACCUCAGAAGAAGCCUGUGGCACCAGGGAAAGCCUGGGAACCCCCCGGUGUGGCAGCAGUGACUCAGAGUCCCGAGGAAAGCUCCAAGGCCCCAGAUGGGAUACCCACAGAGGAAGCAAGGAGGAAGGCCCAUCCAGAAAGCAGGGUGCCGGGGGCCCAGGAGCCCCGUGCACACACAGAGGAAGAAGUGAAUGUCGUGGAGCCUCAGGCGGAAGGCGACAUAGAGUCUGUUCCCAAGACCAGCGUGGAAAAGCCUUCUAUGCAGAGGCCUGGAGAGGAGGAGCUGGUCCUGCAGGACCCAGGCAGAGGGGGUCAGAGCGGAGACUCUGACCAGGCCUCCGGGGAUAGGUGGUACGAAGCACAGAAAGUCUGGCUGGUGCAGAAGGACGGGUUCACACUCGCAACAGUGCUCAAACCAGAUGAGGGGACAGCUGACCUGCCACCGGGAAGGGUGCGGCUUUCUAUCGACGCUGACAGGACUGUCACUGAGGUGGAUGAGGAGCAGGUUCAUCGAGCCAACCCCUCCGAGCUGGACCAGGCUGAGGACCUGGCGUCCCUGGUCAGCGUCAACGAGUCCAGCGUCCUAAACACGCUUCUGCAGCGCUACCAGGCUCAGCUGCCACACACCUGCUCGGGCCCCGACCUGAUCGCCCUGCAGCCCCAGAUGACCACAGUGGCCUCUGCGGGGAAGGUACCCCGAGGGCGCCAGGAUGGCCUGCGCGCCCAUGUCACAUCCCUGGCCCAGCGUGCCUACUGGGCACUGCUGAGCCAGCGGAGAGACCAGAGCAUCGUGGCACUGGGUCGGAGUGGGGCUGGCAAGACCACCUGCUGUGAGCAGGUCCUGGAGCACCUGGUGGGCUUGGCAGGGAGUGUGGACAGCACAGUGUCAGUGGAGAAGCUCCAGGCCACCUUCACUGUCCUCCGGGCCUUUGGCUGUGUCUCCACUGGCCACAGCUGUAAAGCCACCCGCUUUGCCAUGGUGAUGUCCUUGGACUUCAAUGCCACAGGCCGAGUCACAGCCGCUCAGCUCCAGACGAUGCUCCUAGAGAAAGGCCGUGUGGCCCAGCAGCCACAAGGGGAAGGCAACUUUGAAGUUUUCUCUCAGCUGCUGGCUGGACUGGACGCAGAUCUCAGGACGGAGCUGAACCUGCAUCAGAUGGCAGAGAGCAGUGCUUUCGGCAUGGGCGUGUGGUCCGAGCCUGAAGACAAGCAGAAGGCAGCAGCUGCGUUUUCCCAGCUCCGGGGUGCCAUGGAGCUGCUGGGCAUCUCAGAGAGCGAGCAGCGAGCCAUUUGGCGGGUGCUGGCGGCCAUCUACCACCUGGGUGCCGCAGGGGCGUGCAAAGUGGGCCGGAAGCAGUUCAUGCGGUUUGAGUGGGCCAACCAUGCCGCCGAGGUCCUGGGCUGUGAUUAUGAGGAGCUGAAUACCGCCACCUUCAAGCACCACCUACGGCAGAUCAUCCAGCAGAUGACGUCGGGGCCUCAGCACCAGGGCCUGGAGGACAGGGAAGCCUGCUCAGGGCUCAAGAUGACGGGUGUGGAGUGUGUGGAAGGGAUGGCUUCCGGCCUGUACCAAGAGCUGUUCGUGGCUGUGGUCUCCCUCAUCAACAGAUCUUUCUCCUCCCACCACCUGUCUAUGGCUUCCAUCAUGGUGGUUGACUCUCCAGGCUUUCAGAAUCCUCGGCACCAGGGCAAGGAGCGGGCGGCCACCUUCGAGGAGCUGUGUCAUAAUUAUGCCCAGGAGCGUCUGCAGCUGCUGUUCUACCACAGGACCUUUGUCUCUACGCUGGAGCGAUACCAAGAGGAAGGCAUUUCCGUGCCCUUUGACCUCCUAGAGCCCUCCCCAGGAACUACGGUGGCUGUUGUGGAUCAGAACCCCUCCCAGGUCCACUUACCAGCAGGAAGAGGUGCCGAGGAAGCUGGGGGCCUUUUCUGGGUCUUAGAUGAAGAAGUCCGGGUAGAAGGCUCCAGUGACAGCGUGGUACUUGAGCGUCUGUGCAAAGCCUUUGAGCAGAAGGCAGCUGGGGCUGAAGGGCCCCCCGCACUCAGGACCUGUGAGCAGCCCCUUCAGUGUGAGCUUUCCCAUCAGCUGGGGCGGGAUCCUGUGCGCUAUGACCUCACAGGCUGGCUUUGCAGAGCCAAGCCUAACCUGUCAGCUCUGGAUGCCCCCCAGGUCCUGCAGCAGUCCAAAAGGGAGGAGCUGCAGCGCCUCUUCCAGGCCCGGGCCAAGCUGCCUCCUGUGUGCCGGGCUGUGGCGGGGCUUGAGGGCACCUCUCAGCAGGCUCUGCACCGGAGCCGCGUGGUGCGGAGGGCCUUCGCCAGCGGCCUUGCUGCCGUGAAGAGGAAUGCUCCCUGUGCCCAGAUCAAGCUGCAGAUGGAUGCUCUCAUCAGCUUGCUGAGCCGGUCUCGGCUGCACUUCAUCCACUGUCUUGUGCCAACCUCAGUGGAAAGCAAGGCUGGGCUGGGAACUCCAUCACUGCCACAGCCUGGUGGGGACCAAGGUGGAGCCAAUGAGCCCCCAGCUCUGGAUAUCCCAGCACUGAGGGUUCAGCUCGCAGGCUCUCAUAUCCUGGAGGCAUUACGACUGCACAGGGCAGGUUAUGCCGAACACAUGGGGCUAGCUCAGUUCCGCCGUCGGUUCCAGGUGCUGGAACCUCUGCUGCUGAAGAAGCUUGCCUUGACCCCCGAGGGAUUAGAUGAGAGAAAGGUGGUAGAGGAACUCUUGCAGACCCUGGAUCUUGACAAGAAAGCAGUGGCCGUGGGGCACAGCCAAGUUUUUCUCAAGGCGGGCAUAGUCUCCAGGCUGGAGAGGCAACGAGAAAAGCUUGUGUCCCGGAACAUCGCUCUCUUCCAGGCAGUGUGCAGGGGCUUCCUGUCUCGCCAGGAAUGUAAGAAGCUGAAGAUCCGUAAGCUGGCUGCACAGUGCAUCCAGAAGAACCUGGCUGUGUUCCUGGAGGUCAGGGACUGGCCGUGGUGGGGGCUUCUGGCGUCUCUCCGGCCCCUGCUGAGUUCCACUCUUAGCACGGAGCAGCUUCGAGCCAAGGAGGAGGAGCUGAUGCUGCUGAGACAGAAGCUGCAGAAGUCGGAGAAGUCGAGGAGUGAGCUCAGACAGAGCACAGACCUGCUGGAGAGCAAGAUCACGGACCUGACCUCAGAGCUUGCUGAUGAACGCUUCAAGGGUGACGUGACCUGCCAGGCACUGGAGAGCGAGCGGGCCGAGAGGCUUCAGGCCCUCCGAGAGGUUCAGGAGCUCAAGGCUAAAUACCAGCAAGCGCAGGAUGCCUUGGGGGAGGUGCAGAAGCAGCUGGAGGAGGCACAGCAGAGGAGCCAGCAGGCCACCUUGGAAGAGAAGCAUGCAGGAGGAGCGGACGAGUGGCAGAUGCGCCUGGACUGCGCUCAGAUAGAGAACGACUUCCUGAGGAAGCGCCUUCAGCAGUGUGAGGAGAGGCUGGACUCGGAGAUGAAGGCUCGGGCAGAGCUGGAGCAGAAGCUCGGGGAGCUGCAGACUGCCUAUGAGGAGGCCAAGAAGAUGGCUCACCAGCUGAAGAGGAAGUGCCACCGCCUCACGUGGGAGUUGGAGGACACUCGAGUGCUGCUGGACAACCAGCAGAGCAGGAACCACGAGCUGGAGAAGAGACAGAAGAAGUUUGACUUACAGCUGGCCCAGGCACUGGGGGAGUUGAUGUUUGAGAAGAGCCUCAGGGAGAAAGUAAGCCAGGAGAACAGUGGGGUGCGCUGGGAGCUGGGCCAGCUACAGCAGCAGCUGGAGCAAAAAGAGCAGGAGGCUUCAAAGCUGAAGCAGGAGGUGGAAAAGCUACAGGGCCAGAAGCAGGAGCUGUUAGGCUGUGCCUCUAUAGGGGAGCAAGGCGUGGCCAGCCUGAAAGAAAGGGUCUGGGAACUGGAGUCCAGCGCCCUUGAGCAAAAGAAGGUCCACAGCCAGCAGGAAAACACCAUCAGGCAGCUGGAGCAGCUUCGCCAGCGGUUUGAGUUGGAGAUUGAGCGGAUGAAACAGAUUCAUCAGAAGGACCGUGAGGACCAGGAGGAAGAGCUAGAGGAUGUGCGUCAGUCCUGCCAGAAGCGGCUCCGUCAGCUGGAGAUGCAGUUGGAGCAGGAGUAUGAGGAGAAACAGGUGGCCCUGCACGAGAAGCGUGACUUGGAAGGCUUGAUUGGAACGCUGUGUGACCAGAUUGGCCACCGUGACUUUGAUGUAGAAAAGCGUCUCCGCAGAGACCUCAGGAGGACACAUGCUUUGUUGUCUGAUGUCCAGCUCCUUCUGGCUACGAUGGAAGAUAGCAAGACGUCAGUCAGCAAGGAAGAGCUGGAGAAGGUGCACAGCCAGCUGGAGCAGAGCGAGGCCAAGUGUGAGGACGCAUUGAAGACCCAGAAGGUGUUGACUGCGGACCUGGAGAACAUGCACAGUGAGCUGGAGGACAUGACCCGGAGCAAGAGCCUGGUAGACGAACAGCUGUACAGGCUGCAGUUUGAGAGGGCGGACCUCCUGAAACGCAUCGACGAGGACCAGGAUGACCUGAAUGGCCUCAUGCAGAAGCACAAGGACCUCAUUGCCCAGUCUGCUACUGACAUCGGGCAAAUUCAGGAGCUGCAGUUGCAGCUGGAAGAAGCCAAGAAAGAGAAGCAGAAGCUGAGGGAGCAGCUGCAGGUGGCCCAGCUUCGCAUCCAGCACCUGGAGCAGUCCACGGUGGACCGCGCCAUCGUCAGCAGGCAGGAGGCUGUCAUCUGUGACCUGGAGAACAAGACAGAGUUCCAGAAGGUGCAGAUGAAAAGAUUUGAGGUCCUGGUAAUCCGCCUUCGGGACAGCCUGAUUAAGAUGGGUGAGGAGCUGUCCCAGGCAGCCAAGUCGGAGGCCCAGCAGCGGGAAAACAGCCAGUAUUACCAGCGGCGCCUGGAGGAGCUGAAGGUGGAGUUGCAGGAGGUGGUGCAGCGGGAGGAGGAGGCCAGCCGGCACUGCAUGGAGCUGGAGAAGUAUGUGGAGGAGCUGACAGCUGUGAGGCAGACACUGCAGACAGACCUGGAGACAUCCAUUCGGCGCAUCGCAGACCUGCAGGUGGCCUUGGAAGAGGUGGCGUCGAGUGACAGUGACGCAGAAAGUGUCCAGACAGCAGUGGACUGUGGUGGCGGCAGCAGGAAAGAGGAGGACAACGCCUCUGUCAUCAGCUCCCAGCCAGAGGGCAGUCUGCAGUCCUGGAGGAGCUGUUCCCUCUCCCUGGCCACAGACCCCUCUGAGAGGAGCCUCUUUCGACAGUCAGGACAGUCAGCCAUCAGCAGCGCUCUCCACAGCCCCAGGAUAAGUGAAGAGCCUGAGAGGCUGAGACGGGCGUCAUCGGCACUGAGUGGAGCCUGGGAUGCUCCCGGAGAGACCUCGAGGGAUGGGGAAGGCUUUUCCCUCCACAGGAAAACCCCUCCGGAGAGACCGGGUCCUCUGCCCUCGCCUCCCGCUUCUCGGAGCACGGCUGCGUCACCCCUGUCCAGGGACAAGCUGCCCAGCCCGUCAGCCGCUCUCUCGGAGUUUGUGGAAGAGCUCCGCAGGAAGAGGGCCCAGAGAGGCCAGGGUUCUAGCCUGCACCUCGGGGAUGGACCCACGCUGCCCAUUUUCCAGACCACCGGGGCCUCCUCGCUUAGGAGGGGCAGGGCCAGCAGCGAUGAGGGAGACCUUUCCCUGAGGACUGAGACAAAAUCACCUCUAGGGGCAGAGUGGAACCCCAGGGCCACAGCUGGCCUCUCCCGGUCCACCAGUCUCAAGUGUGUGUCCUCAGAGCUGCCUGACAAACAGCAGGCACGGUUCAGUUCCUGUGAGUCCCUCUUAGACUCAGGCCCCGGCGUAAGGAGAAAGCUGAGCUCCCCCGUGGCCUUCAGGGACCCACUCUCAUCGCCUACGCUGCGGCCCAGGAGGCCGUGUCUGGAGUCCACUGUGGAAGACGCGGGCUGCCCCGACCUUGGGAAGGAGCCUCUGGUCUUCCAGAACCGCCAGUUCUCUCAUCUGAUGGGGGAAACUCUGGACAGCGACCCUUUCAGCUGGAAGCUUCCGAGCCUCAACUACAGACGCCAGACCAAAGUGGACUUUGACGACUUCCUCCCGGCCAUCAGGAAGCCCACCACUCCUCUGUCCGAGGCUGCUGAAGACGGGAAGGAGGCCUCAAAGCAGCCAAGCGUCCACUUUGAGACGGAAGAGGCUGACUGCUCCUUUCUCAAAACCAUUUUGAAAAAGAGCCCGGAGUCCAGGGAGGAGCCCGCUCAUCUCUCUGACUCCUCCUCAUCCUCCAGCUCCGUCGUGUCCUUCAAAAGCACAGGCAGCAUCAAGAGUGGUCCAAGAGUCCCGAGACUCCAAGGGGACGGUGGUGAGCGCGUGUCGCCAGAGCAUGGAGAGCCUGGCCCCGGGAGGAAAGGUGAUGAUGUUGAAAGCAUCAUGAGGAAGUAUCUCCAGCAGUAGGAAGACACUGCAGCUGCUGUCAGAGACUGCCGACUCCAAGGCUUGGAGGAGAGAGAGAGAGGGGCCCCAGUCUCCCGGGGCCUGCCGUCCAGAGCCAGACAACAUGGCCACCGUCAAGAUGUGGGAUGGGCCCAGGGAGACGUGUCCCAGCAGGUCACCAGGCUGUGCACAUGCUUGGUCCGUACGGAAUAAAGCUGACUUCCCCGGA